AAAAAUUAAAAAAAAAAAAAAAGCAAAAAAGAAUGGCGGGGAAUAAUGGGAGAUUACAAAAUUCUGAUCCAAAAUGAUGAUGCUUCCAUGUCGAGUUAUGGACCUCUUGUUCUUCUUCUUCUCCUUCCCGUUUGUGCUAAAUACACCUUAUAUCUCCAUAUACAAUAUCUUCUGCAACUACAGUAUUUCCUAGUCCCAACUUUUUAAAUUCUCAAACUCUACUAUUUUAUUGUUAAUUUUUAAAUUUCUUUAACAUCAACUCAUGUUUUCUCUCUCGCCGCCGCCGCCGCUGCCUCCGUCACCGUCGCCGCCGAAGCACCACCUUCCCCUCCAGCAAACCCAAACAUACAAUACUCAUCUCCACAAAAAACCCAUCACUUCUUCAAUCCCUGACUUCAUCUUCACCGCCUUCUCAAUUUUCUUCCUUUUUUCCUCCUCCUCCCCAAAACCCACAUCCGCCCCGGUAAACGUCAUCCACAAAUUCCCUUUCCCUCUCAACCCUCGUAAAUUUUUCAGAAUUCCCAUAAUGUCCUCCCCUUCUUCUAGAGCCCCAAAUCGAUUCCCUAACCCUCAAUCCCUUUCCGAUUGGCUCAAGCCCCGCCUGCCCUCCGAUUCAUUCGCCUCCUGGGGUGUUAAGCCCGGCACCAAGAAUGUCCACAAUCUCUGGCUUGAGCUUUCCGAAGGCGAGACCACCUUGCUUGCCGACUCCACACCUCCCAUUCGAACCGUCGAUGUCGUCAUCGUCAGGGUGAUCGGCGGCGAACAGAACAACAAGCUUCUUCUGGAAUCCCAUCAAGAGCUUUCCAACGGCCAUGUUCGUAAUCGGUGCCGGCCCUUGUCGGAGAAGAUGAAGCCCGGCGAAUCAGUUGAGGCCGCCGCUUUCCGCGCAGUCAAGGAGGAGCUAGGCUCCGUACUCCCUGAAGGACUGGAUGGGGAUAUUGUUAAAAUUGUUCCUAAUUCGUAUUCGAAGAAGGUGGAAGAGAGGGCUUCUGCUUCGUAUCCGGGUUUGCCAGCUCGUUAUGUGCUUCACACUGUGGAUGCCGUAGUGGAGGGAUUGCCCCACGGCGAGUUUUGCACGGAAGAGCUGGAGGAGUACGACGAUUCUGAUGAAAAGAGAGCAGCUCAUGGUGCCGUUUCCUGUAAAAAGCAUUACUGGAAGUGGGUUGAUUCUUACUCCGAUGCAAAGAUCUAAUUUUUGAGACUUUCUGCUUCAGUUAUAUCAUUCAGAUUGAGAGCAUGAUUUGGUAUGGAGGUAGUGAUACAGCUCUAGGUGAGUGUGCCUUUUUUCAUCUACCUUUUGCUUCCGACUAUUGGAGUUGCAUUGCUAGAACCAAGUUUAUGUGUUUUCCCGUGAAGGUUUGCCAUUUGCUCAAAGUGUAGGUUUUUUGACGUCUGUCUUUAAGCCGGGACGUUUCCUUCUCAUUCUUCAGAUUUUUGAAACUGCUAACUGGUGUUUGCUUGACCGUUUGGUAGAAAAAAAAACACUUGAAACUGCAGGAUUUAUAAUUUUAUAUCCUACAUAAUAUCCUGGACCAAUUUGAAUGUCGGGGGGAAUAGAAAUUAUAAGCAUACCACCUUCGACUUAUUUUGGCUAAUCCAUCAAAUCAACCUUAAUCCUACUAUCUUAGGUUACCUUCCGGUUGAAACCAAAGAUCUCCAAACUCUUAACAUGGUUUUGGAUUUAAAAGUGAGAUAUUAAGUCUGGAGAGUGACGACUCAAGAUUGGAGACGUUGAGAUUGGUAGAGUAGGGAUGUGUGUAAUUUUUUGAAGGUGAAUGAAGAUUGAGAAGGCUUGAGAGUUGGACCCAUCUGCAGGUAGCCGGAUUGCCAUGGAACCCUCUUAAGAUUCCUCUCUAGACAGAACCAAAUUAAUUUAAGAGUAAAAUUUUUCCCCUGCCUGCCGGAUUCUUUAUUUUUCUUCGCUUUACUUCAUGGCGGAAUCUCUUUAGCCUGUUUGAUGCAUAUCCUUGUAUCUGUUACAAAAGACUACCUAACGUGCAGGCAGUUGUUAACAACACUCUUGAUAUUGCUUCUAAAAUGAUCCCACUUGCUCAAAAAUUCAAUUCUAACCAAUGACUCCUCCACAUUUUAUCAACUUUUCCAAAGAGUCAUCUCUCUUCUGCCGUUCCAAUUGCGAGAAUACUUUCUUACAAGCGAGACAAAUAUACAUAAUAAUCAUAAUACGAUGUUUAGCAUCACUGUACAAGUUUGCUACAAUCUGAUACACAAGUUCAUCUGCAAGACUGCAAAUCCAUUAGAAGCAAUCUACUUACAUAUUCAAACCAUAUCUCGAGGAAACAGACUGGAAUAAUCUCAUCUUACCUGAGAAGAUGUUAAUCAAAAUAUACUAAUUACAAGCCUAUAGAUAUGUUAGAUACUUCAAACUUAAGAAAGAUGUACAUAGCAGUUGUAUAUAGGCACUGUGGGAUACAUAUCAUAGCAUAUGCUACGCCAUCCAGCCAUUGUCUGUCACUAAUUUUAUAGAGCCGAACCAAUAGGUAGUUACCAAAAUUGAUUCUCACCUCCAAUUAACAUGCGUGCCAAUCAUUUUAUCAACCAAAUCAUGUAUGAGUAGCACAUGCACAGUGUAGUGAGAUGGGAGAACUAGCUUUGGUUAUUACCUCCGAGAAAAAGCAAAUGGAAUCGACAUUAAGGUUGAUAGACUAAAUAAACAAUGGCACAAUUACCUCACACGUAUACACACAUACAUGUAGAUUGUGAUCACGUGAUAGUAGUCUCAGAGGGCUGUGGAGCACUGAGUCCCUUGCUUGGUGGUCAACGGCCCUGUUGGCAAAGAAGAACCUGAGAAUGGCAAUAUAGCUAUGCAAUCCACAUUGAACCGAUACCUGCCGGAUACCCAACUUCCAACUCUCCAUCUCAGCCGUCCAUUGGCCUUAACACUAAUCACCAGAUUCCCAGAAGUACUCUUAUCCCUCCCUACUUGAUAACCAAAAGAAGGAGCCACGGGAAGUCCUUCCCCAAGUAGAGAAGCUGAAAGAACAUUGCUUUCCUCAUGCCCUUGAUAAAACGGAGGAAUUGAAGUGUCAAGACUGAUCUGUUGGCCUUUGUAUGAAGCAUAGACUUCCAGUAUAUCGUAGUAUAUGCCGACUUUUCUGUUGGGAUUUUGGGAGAAGAGGGUGACUUGGAUAGAGGAGUUGAGGAGGUGGGGGAAAGAUGAGAGGUUGAGUUGAUAGAUAUCGGUUUGUUUGAGUGAGAACUGGGGUUUUGUCGGGUGGAGAGUUAGCCAAACAAGGAGAAUGAGGGCUAAGAUGGUGAGCAGGAGGGUGGAGAAAGAGUAGAAUAGUUUUUUGUUGAACUUGUGAGCUGGAAAAUGUGAUUGUUUUGCAGCACAAUGUUUGGGAGAUUUUUCAUGGAUUUGAGACAUUUGCAAGUGAUUUGGAGAAGCAAGGCAGACAGAUAGAGGAGUAUGGAGGUUUAGAAUGCUAAGGAAAGAAAGAAAGGCGAGGCUUUUGGAGGCUUAUAAGAAGGGAAAGAAGAGCUUUUCAGGAAGGGGUGGUUUGCUUGAAUGAUUGGGGCUCAUCAACGUUUUUCUUUCCUCUCUUUUUUUUUUUUUUUUUUUAUUUAUGAACUAAAAGCUGGCUGUUAAUUCAUAUUUCAUACACCCUUUUUCACAGUACUAGCUAAUACAUAUUUCUACGAGUUUCUUGAGAGUUUCGCUUAUUGUUAUUGAGUAGAAGCCUUUCGCAACCAUAAUUUUGUAAUGGACGAUUGUUAUUCACGAGUUGCCUUGUGUAUUACGCAUCAUUUCGUCUUUGGGUGAUGGACAAAUAAAACUCGUAGUCAACAACACCUCCAUGAUUAUUAGCCUUUUGAAAAAGUGAUGGAAGUGGUAAUAGGUUUCUGUCUAAUAAACAGUGUGUAUUGGAGGAGUUUUUUGCUUAGUUUUCUGAUAAUGGUUCCGUUUGAGUCUUCACAUACGCAACAUUGAGCCAAAAACAAAAGAAAGCAUAAACAAAAGCAUAUUAAAAGUACACGAGCAACCAAUGAAUCCGGUAACGGGUUUUAUUUCUUGUUGCUAGUAACACUAGAGAGUAGUAUCUCUUGAUUGAGUUAUUCCCUUCUCCACAGAGUUCAUCGUGAAAUAAGAAUAAGAAUUUCCCGGUUCAAACCAUGAAUGGAUUGCAGAUGAGCAAAAUUGAAGAAUGGACUGAUCCCAUAUAGUUUUCCUCAUUACUAAUUUACUAUUAGCCCUUGUGAUAAGAAAGUGCAUGAUAAAGGGUAUCAUUAUCAUAAUACCCCUUUUAGAACACGUAAAAGGUAAAACAGAGAUCCAAGGGGAUAUCUCUCAUAGAGCCGGAAUCUGAUGGGCUAUAUAUCAGAAUUAUUGCUGGGAAAAGUUGAAUAGCCUUUUCUUAAAGUGUGUUUAUAAUUAGCAG